AUGGCCUUCACCACCGGCACCGACGAGUCCAGGCGCCAACUUGAAGCGACGAUGCGUCGGCGCCGCUCCAACGCGCCGUCUCCAGAACCCGUGGAGCAGAAGCGCCGGCAGAUCCAAGACGGCAUCCCCGAGCGCACGCGGACUUUGAGCUCUAGGCACCGGCAGCACCAGUCGCGCAUCCCCACGUCGGCCGAGAACUUCGGGCUGGCUCGCGCAGGGUCGGACGCGCGCAGACGGAGGCCACGGCGGUCUUGCGGUCUCACUGGGAAUCGUUGGCGGAGGAGGGUGGGAGUCGAGCCGGGCCGCGGGCCGGGAGGCGCGGCGGCGCGCGCGGGAGAAGUUUGGAUGAGGAGCGUCAGGGGUUCUGCAGGGAGGGUGGUGGUUGGAGUGAGGGAUCGGGCCGCGGCGGAAAUUAUGUGGACAAGAUUGCAGUUGCGGGCUUUUGUGUGGUCCCUCGAAGCUGUUGAGAUAGUGGGCGAUGCGAUUUUGCACGCUUUGUGGGAGUUGAUGAGACGGGGAAUAGUCCGGGAAAGACCAAGGAGGCAUGGAAGAGAGAGCUAUAGACGCUAG